UCAAUUAUUUUCUUUCAUUUUUAAUAUCUGGUUUUUUUUUCAAAGCCCACAACAAAUUAGUUUUCAUCGUGACAAUCUUCAAUUUAUUGUAAAAUUGAAGAUUUCUCUUUGCAAGUAUGAUAUGUCGAACGCAAUAGAGUACUCUCCUUAAUUAAUUGAUUUCUCGCAAGAUUAGAACUUCUAUUAGUAUAUCUACAUAUCAGAAGUGUUUACGGGGUAAUUUUUACCAUUCGGCCCUGCUCUACUCGAUUCUCAGAGCAGGGCAGGAUACUCUGCUGAAUCGAUAUACUGUCUAUAUUGUAAUUUCCAAUGUAAUUCAAAAGAGAAAACAUUUUCUAAUUGUGUCGUAGAACAUUGUUUUUCAUUUACAUCCAUUUAAUCAUAAUAGUAAUUCAUAGUUCAACUAAUAAAAUACAUGAGCAUCAAAAACAAAGGAAAGGAAAUAAUAUAAUAUACAUAACUUAGAUUCAGAAGCUUUAUACAAUACAUUUCGUUUACAGUUUUAAUACGAAAUGUAUUGAAAUUAGUUAGGAAUACUGAUUUCACUUUAGAAUUACAUUAAUCAAUACAAAUUGCGAUACUUUUAUCUUAGGAUCGUUAUACAAAAAUAUUGCCUUUUUUUUCUUUAAAUUCAAACAAGAGACAUUGAUCAAGUUCAUCACAUGCAAAUCUGUGACAAAACGUACAUAACAUUCAAAACAGCUGAUGAAAAUUAUUGAUAUGUUCAAAAUCAUUCUUUUUAUUUUUAAGAACUAUAUAUUCAAAAGAACGUCAUCAAGUUGCUAAUACUUUUGUUGAACUAUUAUUUUCAAGACUGAAAUUUUGAUCUUUUUUUUAAAUGGCAGCGGUUUUUAUUGUUUAGCAUUAUAAAACUUUGAAGAUGAAGUGCAAUCACUGUCAAGAUGAGGUGAAGACGUAUUUGAUUUAGCAGUAAAAUCAGGAGUAGAUAUUUGCCAAAUAUCAUCAUUCAAAUCAGAUGAUAUAGAACUGAUAACUUAAAUUUUUACUUUAAUCUAUUACAAACACUAGAAUAUAGAAAUACAAACACAAUGCUUUGAUAGUGAUUUUACUUAUUCUUUAAUUCUACCGUGUUCAUUUAGACAUAUCAAUUGGUACCGCUCUCGAUAGUCUAUUUUUGAUUUUUCGCUCUUAAAGACUGAAAAACUCUUCUUUUCAGGAUCAAACUUUGAAAAACCUGAUUGUUCAGUUUGCAGGGUAUAAGACCUUACCCUCCCGUGUGGAUACCUCUGUUACAUAUAUCAAACUAUACUAAGUCUUCAACGGUUUUAAGCUGAAAAAUCUCUUCUUAAAUCACUAGAUUUGUUUUGGUUUUUGAAUGAUAUAAUCGAAGACUCGCCGUCUUUUAUUGCGGGACAGGAUUUAUUACUUUGAAACGUUAAUAUCAAUAUCAAGUGGAUAAUCAGCAAUAUAUUGUAAAGAAAUAAUUUUCGACUUACGAGAAAUAUUUUCUUGUUCGUCAUUAAAUAUACUGACACAUUUCAUACUUUUUGAAAAAUUCAAAUUCUUAUUUUAAUUUGAAAAAAAUGUCCUCAUAUUUGAAUUGUUGUAGCCAUUAAAGCUGGUUGUUAUCAUGCUGGACUCUCAGCUAUUUCUCGCACUCGAGUUCAUGAAAAAUGGCUUAAAAAUGAAGUUCAUAUCAUAUGUGCAACAAUAGCAUUCGGAAUGGGUAUUGAUAAACCUGAUGUACGCUUUGUUAUUCAUCAUUCAUUAAGUAAAUCUAUUGAGAACUUUUAUCAAGAAAGUGGUCGAGCUGGUCGUGAUGAUCAACAAUCACAUUGUAUUCUUUUCUUUCGUUUUGGUGAUAUAUUUCGUUUAGCACCAAUGGCAUUUUCAGAUAAAUCAGGUAAUGGUCUUACAAAUCUUUAUUCAAUGAUAUCAUAUUGUUUAAAUGAAUCUGAAUGUCGUCGAAAAUUAAUUGCUAAACAUUUUGAUGAAGUAUGGCAAUCAAAUGAUUGUAAUCAAAUGUGUGAUGUAUGUACUCGACCAUCAACAUAUAUAACAAAAAGAAAUUGUUGUCAAGAAGCAUCAAUUAUAAUUGAUUAUUUAGAAAAAAAUAAAAAACAACGUUUAACACCAUUAAAAUUAAUUGAACAAAUAUCUAUAAAAACAAUGAUUAAAAUUGAUAUUCAACGACUUAUUUUACAAUUAAUUAUUGAUCAAUAUUUAAAAGAAGAUUUUCAUUUUACACCAUAUUCAACUGUUUGUUAUGUUAUACCAGGACCAAAAGCUUCAUAUGUUUAUGAUAGUGAUUGUGAAAUUAUGUUAGAUAUGAUUGAAAGUACAAAAAAACGAUCAUCAAAUACAAAAAAAAAUGAUGAAAAACAAAUUAUUAAAAAGACUUCUAUAACAUCAAUUCAUCCCGAAUCACGACCUAAAUUACAAUGGGCUACUAAUAUAGGUCCAAAAAUAAAAUCUGAUUCUGGUAAAAAACGAACAUUACAAUAUGAUAAUGACGAUGAUAAUGAUAGUAUGGAACAAAUUGAAAAUACACCAUUAUGUAAACGAAAAUCUUCUUUAAUAGAUAAUGAUAAUGAAACAAUAAUAUCUACUCAACCAUCCGUAGUUGAUGAUGAAGAACUCGAUUUUUUGUAA